AUGGCUCCAGGGGAACUUUUUUUUUGUUUGGUCUUCUUUUUAAAAGUGGAACUCAACCGAGAGCAAUGCCUUGCUGAGUUACUGUCUGUUUUCGGCAACGAAGCGCCACAUCAGUCGACAAUUUCCCGUUGUCUUAACGACGAUUCCAGGGUGGGUGCACGAAAAACGGCAGUCACCCAGGAAAACGUCGAUGCUGUGCGCAAACUCAUCAUUGAAGGUAGACAUGCGUCCUUGAAGAUAUCAAAGACCUCAAUUCAAAAAAAUUUACAUGAAGAAUUAGGAGUAAGAAAAUUAGUUUCUGAAGAGCAGAAAGCAGCCAGGGUUAAUUGGUGUCCAAAAACGCUUGACCGUUUCAAUUCCGGAAACUCAAAAAAUGUGUACAGCAUUGUUAGUGGUGAUGAAUCGUGGAUUUACUGUUUUGAACCAGAAAAUAAACGACAGUCGGCUGUUUGGCCAACAGUCAUCCAUUCUCGCAACAAUGCAAGCUCGCACACAGCCCAAAAAACAAGGCAGUAUUUAACGGAAGAAAACGUGGAAUUAUUGGACCAUCCUUCAUAUAGUCCCGAUCUAAGUCCUAACGAUUUCUUUAGUUUCCCAAAAAUCAAAAACAGACUGCGUGGUCAAAGGUUCCAGUCACCAGAAGAAGCAGUUGACGCAUUCAAAAAUGCCGUUUUCGAUCUGCCACCAAACGAGUGGAAUAAGUGCUUUGAAAAUUGGUUCGAGCGCAUGCAGAUGUGUAUUAAUCUUCGUGGAGAAUACUUCGAAAAACAAUAA